AUAUUUGGGAUGUCCACAGACCAACCACAUACUACUUGGACAGAACAGUUCCUCAGAAAGGCUACUCACCUAUUUGUUUUCUUUGAAGUUGACUGACAUCAGAAUGGCUCGAAUACAGACAGGCAGCGCCAGUCCCUAUGUCAAGGCAAGCUUAGGAGGUGAUGCUAACCCGAUGAAGUUCUACGCCACCACCUACACUACUUCCUACAAUCAUGAGGGAUUCAAGCCCCAGCAACGACAACUUUUAUUCAGCACUGGUUACAAAUCCAACUUUCGGCCAGCAGUCUACUAUACCAACAGCUUGGACAGACUUGAUAAUCCAGUCCUUGGAUACCUUUUUCAAGAUAAUUAUGCCUCAAUCACAGGAAAACAUUUUAUGCCUUAUGAUACCCCAACUGGUGCAGAACCACUACCAAUGAAAACUCAUUCAGCAGGAAGUGGCUUCAUGCGACAGAAACCUUUGACCUUCCCCAAUACACGAAUGGUAAAAUCUGUGCAUUUUGAUACACAGGACCAUGGACCUCAAGGUAUUGGAGGGAUCAGACCCAAGCAUGCUCCUGUCCUUCACAAGCUGCAGUCACAUGAUCCUGUACAACAUGAGAAUGCAAGACAUGGUCCUCAGUUUAUGUCAACAGAGACUAAAUCCAAAUACAGACAAUCAGAGACACCUUUAGAAGCUUUAUCACACUUGAAGUUCAUUGGAUCCAAGCAGAAUACUGGUCAUACUGAAGGUUCCCCCCUCUCACCAGUUACCUAUCACCCACCCUCAGCCUACCGAGGAGCUCUGCCAGGCCAUUUCACUGAUAGACCCACAGGUGUCAGCAUUACAAUAACUGAUUAUCUGCCAUCAGCUACUCCACAUGGUGAUGAGUUCUUACCUGCUUUGGCAAGUCGUACAGAGCGAGAGACGGGCUUUUCAAGAGAGAAAGCUAGAGUUUCAACAUCUGCUGACUUGGAGACAAUGAAAAUAGCUCCUACAUUGCAGCUUGAGAAUCUGAAGAAGGCAGACCCAUCAGAUUACUUGAAUGCUGUUGAUCCAUCAAUGAAGAACACCGUUACUCAGCUACACUUUCAAGGGGAGCAGAGGUGCAAAACAAGCGAACCUGAGUUUCUUGGGAGAUGCAGUAUUGGUGAGAAGGAGUCUACUGGAUUUAGUACCAACAACAAAGGCCAUGUUGUCCCUGUCAGAAGCAUUGAGGAUUCAGACAGGUAUCUGACUGACUACAACAUAAGGUUUUUUGAUAAAACUGUGACAGGGCCAAACCGUGAGGGAUGGACAAGAGGUGGAAUUCAAAGCCAAGUCCCUGAUGGCUAUAUAACUAAUAACAGAGCAUGGAAGUUUGGUGUGAAAGAGAACACACUGAACAAUCUAAGGAGGCUUCAUCCUCAUGUUGCAAGAACUAUGUUAGCUGUUGACCGAUUUUAUGAUGACCAUACCUAUGAUUGCAAGGAACGUCCUGUGGAAAUGGUAGCCUAAUUGUUUAUCUGUUUGAUUCUGGAACUCCAACCUGUUUUAUGAUUAAAGUUGUACAACACACCAGGAUAUUAAAUUACAUUGCACAAAUACUUGCCUAAUGUGAGAGCCUAGGAUAAAGCAAAUCCAAGACGCAUACUCCUAGUUGUACUAUUUUGUGAUUGGUAUAUAAACAUUAAAAUUAUUUACUUGUUUCCUCUGUCAUUAAAUAUGUUAAGACCCUCUAAUUUGUUAAACAAUUUUCACCUCAGAGGCCGCAUUAAUCAUUAACUAUUUGUGUAUGUCUGUAGGAGCAAUGUAUUCAGCAUCUGUGUUCAAACACAACCAGUAUCCAUAAAGAAGUCACUGUACAUUUGAUUCGCAGAUGGCAAAGUAAAUAAUUUCCACUGGCAGUUA